UCAUACUCCUCUCCUUCUUUCUCUCGUCCUCAAUGCUUCAGUUCUUACAAAAACAAAAAAGAAAAGAAAAGAAGAAGAAGAGAUUCUUGAGAACCUUAGAUUUUGUGAAAGUUGGUUUGAACCUUUUUUUUUUUUCUUUUCUGGGAGAAGAAAGUAGGUUUGAACUUUGAAGCUGAAGCACGUGAAGAAUAAUUCAGAGGCCAUCAUUUGCUGGAUUGGGCAAACUCGGUGAGUCAAUUCAAUUCAAUUAUGUUCGGUUUAUUUCUCAAACAUAGGACAACCCAACUGGGUUUUCUUCACCAAAAUGCUUACUUUGUUGCCAAAUCAUUCACAUCAAUAAAUUUAUCUGAUUCUACUCAACAACUGAUAAUCAAACAAAAACACUCUUUUACUGCGUCUUACCUCAUAAACUCAUGUGGGUUGUCCCCAAAAUCUGCUCUUUUAGCAUCCCAAAAGGUACACUUUGAAAAACCAGAUAAACCAGACUCUGUGCUUAAUGUUCUCAGAGAGAAUGGUUUCACCAAUACCCAGAUCUCCCAACUUGUCAGGUUAAUCCCACAGGUGCUUACAACUAAACCUGAGAAGACCCUUUUGCCCAAAAUUGAGUUUUUCCUUUCUAAGGGGGUUUCAAGUUCUGAUCUCACUAGGGUCCUCUGUGCAAACCCAUCUCUACUAGGAAAUAGUUUGAAGAAACACAUCAUUCCCUGCUAUGAUUUCCUCAAGAGUGUACUACUUGUUGACGAGAAAGUACUUACAACUUUGAAGAGAUCACCCCGUUAUAAUGUCACUAAUAAUAUGGUUCCAAAUAUUGAACUUUUGAGACGACUCGGAUCGCCUCAAUCUGUUAUCUCUUUCUAUGUAACUAAUCUGACACGUUCAGCGUUCGUUGAGCAUACUAGAUUUGUUAAUGCUGUACAAGAGGUUAAGGAAAUGGGAUUUGAUCCCUUGAAAACAGUGUUUGUCCUAGCAAUCAAUGUGGUAUUGAGUAUGAGUAAACCAAUGCUGGACUCAAAAUUGGAGCUUUAUAAGAGAUGGGGUUGGUCCGAGAAUGAUGCUCUCCUAGCUUUUAAAAGACAGCCAAAUUGUAUGCUUAUAUCAGAAGAUAAGAUCACAAAAGCAAUGGACUUCCUUGUGAAUAAAUCGGGUUGGCCAUCGGCUGAUAUUGCUAGAAGUCCUUCAGUUCUAUUUUUAAGUUUGGAGAAGAGGAUUAUUCCUAGAUGUUCAGUUAUUCAGUUGUUGCAAGCUAAGGGUUUGCUGAAGAAUGAUUUAUCCCUAUCAACUUUCAUACUACCUAGUGAGAGGUGUUUUCUGGAGAAGUUUGUGAUUAAAUUUCAGGACAAGGUUCCUCAAUUGUGGAAUGUGUAUCGCGGUAAGACAUAUCAUCUAGAGGUAGGGCAUCAAUCUGAGAAGGUAUGCUGAACGAUUGUAACAUUUGGUUCCAACUUAAAUUUAGUUCUUGACAUUUUAUUCAAUUGCUAGUUUAACAUUUUAUACUUAUUGGAUAAAGCAUUUGCAUUAUCA